AUUGCUCCUUUUCAUGUUUUUAUUUUUUAUGGCCCAUUGCGAAGGAAAAGAAAUGCUGGGGGAAUAAAAACCUGCACUCUCAGAAAACUAGUUUUUGAAUUUCAGGAGAAGUUGAAUUCUUUAGAAAUCACCAACUUGGACGGAUUUUAUUAUUCAAAAAUAAGGUGACGUCUUGAAUAUUCAAUGAAAUAGCGAUUUCUAACACUAUAUCAGCGAAAAUCAUCGAAACAGUGAGAAUUUUAAGUUUUAUUCCCGUGAAUUCUCAAACUACUGAUGAUAGUUUAUCGAAAUAUGGAUAAUUAAUCAAAUGGUAACAAAUAUCACUUCCACGUGCGAGCAAAAAUUUUUCAUAUUUGUUUAAUAAGUUCUAUAAAUUUUUGAAGCCUAGAAAAAACGCUGGAAAAAUUACUGCACGAUCCCGACAUUUCGGAGUCAUUAAAUAAUGAUAAAAUACGAAAACGAGAUUUUAAUCGGCAGUCUCAUUAAUAAUUUUUCAGAAGGCUAAAAAAAACUGGCGGUUUGGGGGAACGGAGUGGUCAGAACAUUCUUAAAAGAAAAAUGAAUUCCAUUUGAAAAUGGCGCGUUCGCUUCCAGCGUUCCACGUUUUCACAACCUGAACUAAAAUUCUGAAAUUCCGCUAGGUGCGCUAUAAACGACAAUUGGAAGAGUAAAUUGUGUUCCUCCACCCAACUGCCUGUAAAUGCGUGUUCACAUCCGCUACUUAUUUGUAAUCAUCGGUAAGUCCACGAAAUGACAAUUCUCUCCCCUCGAUAAUAUCGUCGUGCUACCCCUUAACGUCCGGAUGAAACCAAUUAGUGAUUAGUGAAGUUAAAUCGAAAGCCAAUCGAUACCUCGUCAUCAUGUUAAUAAAAGAAGAACCCGUUUGGACUUCUAAAAUUGACGCAGGCUUUCAUAUGUUCCCGGAGCUUGAUUCAUUCGAUGAUGAUUGUCCACUGCCAGCGGACGACUUCCUCGAGGCCCUGAGUUCAGAGCUGGAGAUCCCUCUGCUCCUCAACGGCGAGGGAUCCCCUGAUCACGAUGAGAGCCCCGAUGAGAUAAUGAAAAAUGCCUCAGUCGAUCCAUUGCCAAAUUUCGAUAAAUUUGGGCUGAAUUUCAAUGACCUCGAGAGCGUAUUCGCCACCAUAAAUGAUCCCAAUUCUGAGGCUAUUCGCAUCAAGAGAGAACCACAUGCAGCUUUAUAUCCACCAUCGCCAAGUCCAAGUCACUCGGAGUCAAGUUUAUCCGAAUGGCCGAAUGAUUUCCCGACGAGUGUCAAAUUGACCCUGGAAACACCACCAAUAUCUCCACCUCAGAAUGAGUCUCCACCGGUCUCGCCCCUUCCAAACAUCGCGUCACCGAUUCUCCAACCGAUUAAACUCAUCCCAGUCCCGACGACUGAUGAAUCUCAACCGCAAAUCAUCCCCCAGCAGCCGCCAAAGUUCGUUCUCGCAAAAAAUCCAGCGAAAAGGGUCUGUGUUACGCCAAAUGCCGAGCAACCGAAGAAAAUGAUUGUCCUGAGUGCCCAGGACUUUGCAGCCCUCACGAAGAAAUUCAAGCAGGCAGGAACGACGGCUCCACCCCUGAAGAUUCAGACCGUGAAGACGCGACAAUUAAUUGAGCCUCAAAAAUCUCAAAUCGAAAUUCCCAAGCCUCAAAACUACACAGCAAUCGACGACACGAGCCAAGUGAAAGUGAUCAAGGCAUUUCCACAAAUUAAAAUCACCAAGCAAGAGCCAGUGAUGAUAAAGAAUGAAAGUGUGAGCAUGCCACCGAUUCUUAUAAAAAGCGAGAUCCCCCAGGAGUCGAUGAAUUUUGCAGCUCGUCAGGAGUGCGAGAUAAAGGCCCUGAAACGGCAGCAGAGGAUGAUUAAAAAUCGAGAGUCCGCCUGUCUAUCUCGGAAGAAGAAAAAGGAGUAUGUGAAUUCGCUGGAGAAUCAAAUAUCAGAGCUCCAGGAGGAGAACAACAAUCUGAAGCUCGAGAAUGCGAUGCUGAGGCAACGGCUGAGCUCUCUAGAGGGCUCGUCACUUGCUACUGAUGGCAAGAGCAACAUCAAGUUGAAUGUCAACAGAAAAAACACAGCCAUCGCCCUGGCGAUGGUCUUCAUGAUUUCUCUCAACAUGAUGCCAAGUAAUUUAUUCUCUCUGGAGCAUAAGUCCGACACUCUCCUCUCCAAAGACAUUCCACUGUCAUUGCCCAAUGUUCGACACGGGAGAUCCCUCCUCUGGAAGCCAGAGGACCCCGAGGACAACCUGGAGCCCAAUAAAACAGUCAAUCAUCCGAUGUGUCCCAUGUACAUUAACCAGACAGAGUCUAUCAGACUCAAUUACGAGCUCAGAGAAUGGAUUUGGAGAAGCUCUGAUAAGGAAAAUUAUAAGGAGCAUGUGGCUAGACAGGAUUCUAGGAUAAAUUCACCCCUUGGGAAGAUGCUCCUUCCCAAGAAGAAAGGUUUAGAGAAAAUUGCUGAUAAGAUGAAAAUUCCUCCCCAGAGAAAUGAAACCGAAUCAACCAUGAAUGCUGUGGAGGUGUUUUCACCGACACUCAAAGAUCAUGCGACUCUUUUUGACGCUCUCAGGAGGAGGGAUGAUACAUUCUACGUCGUCUGGUUCAGUGGAGAGCACCUCCUGCUGCCUGCCUUGGUCCAGAAUAAAACGGUCAGACCCAGGAUGUCACUUGUAUUUCCUGGUGUACCUGUUAAUAAAUCCAUCACUUCGCCACCCCAUCAUAUUACUAUGAUGCAGAUUGAUUGUGAAGUCACUGAUACACAGCUGGUGCACCUCAGGGAGUCUGUUAUACCGAAGCAUUGGAGAAAAAAUCAGGGAAAGGAGAGCAAUACCGAGAGAACCAUAAAUAAGACAAAGGAAUUCAGUAAACCGUAUUUUUUGAAGGCAAAAAAGGACGCCUUUGCCAAUCAACAGCCUUACUUUCUUAAUGAAAAAUUUAAUGAUUAUAAUGUUAAUGGAGAUUUGUCACAGGUGAACAACUCCAAGGGGAGCUAUCCGGAGAAGAAGUUGAGUGAGAAUUUGCAACCUUAAUGGGAAAUUAAAUGAAAGACUCUAUUGGAGUCGCUUUAGGACUCAAAAAUGAAGGUAAUUCAGUAGUUUAGGGUGAUCGGAUAUUAUGAGAUCAGUGCAAUUGUACCGAUAAGGAUAAGUUUUUUCACUUUGCUGCCAAAUUUAUCAUGAAUUUAAUGAUAAUCCUAGCGAUAAAGUGUAAUCAUGACUGAUGAAGGCGUAAAAAUGGUAGAUUUAUAUUACUCUGUGGGCGUAAUUAAGGUUUAAGUAAACAAGUGCAAAUAACGUGAUACGAUGUACAUAAUACGUUUCUAGGUGUUUACUUAGCGUAAGGCAAAUUCAUUGUAUAAUUUAAGUGCAUUUUUUUUAUGCACCGCUUGCAUCACGCUACAAUUUUUUUAAUUAAGAUUGUCUUAGACAUUAUCUUUACAUUACAAAUUGCAGUGUCUUGUGUGUUUGUUUUACAUGAGGGAUGGAGGAGGAUAAAAUUAAUUUUUUUCGUCAUUUUUAACUGCAUUUUUAAAGUACAGUUUAUCCUCACCUUUCCUGAUAGAUGAUAAGUGAAAUGUACCAGUAUUGAAGGUUUCAGAGACAUAAUAACAAAUGAAUUUAUUACAAAAUAAAACAAAUUGUGCACAACUUGUAAA